AUAAACCAGUAUUGAAUUACUGCUCGGCACGGUAGGACCGUGCUGCUCAAGUUUCGCGAUGCUUUGUCGCUGGUGCGUUCUUUCUUAGGAAUAGCUAAAGAUGUAGUGCGCAAUACGGUCUGAGAGUUGAAUAAAAGGAAUACGAAGCCCUUGGAAUAUCUUCCAUUGUAACGAACUCUUUCCAAGUGAAAACAAUACUGUUUGUUUAAUGCCGAAUGUGAAACGCUCACCAAAUCACACACCUCUUCUAAUGUGCCAAAAGGGAAAGUCCAGAACGGGUCGAGCGGAAAAUGCUACCAGUGGAAGUGGAAAAACGCAACGGGUGAACGAAAAAUUAACAGCUUGACAUUGAACGCAGUAGUAGUUGCUUAGUUUCGUUGUUUAUUUUUGGCUUGCCUCAAUCAAACACACACCGCUCGUCGCAAAAGAAAAAAAAAGUGGAAAAAAAUAGUUUUCGGUUUGCUGGUCCGGUUUCGUCUCGUAGGGCAGGCGGGAUCUAUUUCGUCUCGUAGUAAAGUGUCCGCUAUCUUGUUGUGUCCAAUCCGCGAUGACCCUUUGAAUGACGUACGAAGAAGUGUGAAAUACGCGACGGUUCAAAAUUGCUUGUCAGUUAAAAUUGGAAUGUGUUAGAUUAUAGUUGCGAAACAAUCAGCAGCCUUCGAGAGGAGCGAAACAUAAUCUCAAAAUUCUAGUGAUUAUAUUAGAAACCGACUGGGAUUGUUCUACAUCCACAUCCACCAACUAGUUUGGUCCAAUCUAGGACGCAAGGAUAUAAAGACGCCAUCAAAGUUGCCCCGUUCUAGCUGGAGCUGGAGCUGAUCGGGAAGCUGACAUUUGCGAACCCACGCGAAUUGUGCUGAUUGUGAAAUUGUGAAAAUUCAUUCAAUUCACCUCUCCACCCGUCCCAAGCGGAACAAACGCCAUCAGAAUGCCAACCUUGCUGGAAGCGCUGGAAGAGAAGUACGGCCUAGAGCCGGACGAGAAAGAGGAGCACGAGAAGGAGGAGGAAGCGGUGCUGGUGUCCAUCUUUGUGCCGAAGCUACCCCCUAGACAAAGCACCCCCCAGCUGCUGGUGCUGAAUGACUGCAAUAUCGAUCGCGCCGGCGAACCGGAAGACCUGAAGAAGAAGUGUCGCAUCGUGAAGGAGCUAGAUUUGGCGCAAAACAAGCUCAACAACUGGAAUGAAGUUUUCGUCAUUCUAUCGCACAUGCCGCGAGUUGAGUUUGUCAACCUGAGCCUUAACCAUCUGACCGGCCCGAUCCAGGAGCCACCGGUCACCAAGAUGGACAAUCUGCGCAAUCUGGUGCUGAACAACACCAAGCUGGGUUGGUGCAGCGUUGAGACACUAUUGCGUCUGCUGCCCGCCCUCGAGGAGCUUCAUCUCAGCUUGAACGAGUACACGCACGUACUGAUCGACACGAUUGAUCCCACAGCUACCGCCGGCUCCUCCAGUAGCCCCGUCACUGCCCCAUCCGACGUCCCUGCUUCAACUAGUCACACCAAGCAGGAGGAGGACGACGGUACGGAACAGCAACAACCCGCCAGCGGAGCCACUGCCACCGCCAACGAACCGCCGCCAUAUCAAACCGCUCCACACGACGGCGUCCGGAAGCUUCACCUGACGGGAAACUACAUCUCGGAGUGGGCCGAAAUCUGUCGCAUUGGGCGCGUUUUCCCCCAGCUUGAAUCGCUCGUGCUGGCAGAUUGUCCUUUGAGAUCACUUAAGCCUUCAGAUGCAGAAGAUAAGGAAAAUGCGGAAGAAAGUCAUAAAUAUUUCCGCAACCUAAAGCUGCUCAACCUGAGCAAUGCCAAAAUUGACUCCUGGGAAGAUAUCGAUCGGUUGGCCGAAUUCCCAUCGCUGUCCAAUGUACGGCUUCAGUAUUGGCCACUAUGGGCGAGGACGGAUUCAACGACGGAGCACGAGCGCCGCCAGUUGCUAAUAGCGCGGCUCCCGAACAUCAGUAUUCUGAACGGUGGCGACACGAUCGGGGCGGUCGAGCGUGAAGACUCGGAACGUUCCUUUAUCCGCCACUAUCUGGACAAACCGGAUGCGGAACGUCCGAGACGGUACUACGAGCUGGUCGAGGUGCACGGCAAGCUGGACCCGCUCGUCAACAUUGACCUGCGCCCGGAGCGGAAGGUGAAGGUUCGCUUCACCUUCGAGGACCAAUCGAUCGAGCGAACGGUGGACGUGAAUAGAACGGUCAGCGAUCUUAAAUCACGCCUCGAACGAAUAUUCGAUGUCCCUGCUGCCCGGAUGCGGCUGUACUACGUCGACCAGGACCUCCGCGAUCUCGGCCUGGAGGAGAUGAAGUACCCGCACAAGGUGCUCUACAGCUACAACAUACGCUCCGGCGAUGAGAUCAUCAUCGAGCGGAAGGUGAAAAGCUGAUAAGGGAGCCCCCGAAUCGCUUACCUCGCGGUUUUUUUGUGUUUUAUUUUUAUUUUUAUUUUAUCGAUACGUGCUUUUCUUUUCUGCGACCGAAAGGAGAUCAUCGAAGCUUGGGCCAAACUCCCAAUAGGGGGAGGGAGUUAUAAUGUAAAUGUGAUAGAAACAGGGGAAACAUAGUCGCCAUCGCGUCACAAAAGUCUUACUACGCUAAAACAAAUACGUAUCCUUGCAGAGUACUGUAUUUUUGUUUUUCAUAUAUUCUUUGUUUUGUUUUUCUUUCGGUUUAACUUCAUCGCUGUGGUUCUUCUUCAUGUGCACCUGUUUAGCACCCCCAUCCCUUCGCUUUAGGGCACACUUGAGGGGGUAUGGGGAUGGGAUUUUACGAUUUUACAAUCGGGUGUCAAUACGUACGGUUUUUUGUGCUAUGAAGAAGGAUUUGAAAUAAAGGGCAGCUAAUACUAUGACUAAUAAUAAAGUAGCAUUUUGCAAUUAACUUAUGUAUGAACAUGCUUAUGUCCAUCUUUAACCAUAGGUCUGAAUAUU